ACUAGUAGUAUAGCUAAUGGAUUUGGUUGUCUCCAUCAGUUGCACACUACGCGAUACGCGAUUAUCAGUGCACACGGUAGACUGUAUUGGUUUGCCGAGUUGUGCACGUUCGGGUCCCAUAUAAAGUGGCCACUUUAACGUUACUCAACUCUAAUCGCCCGAUCCAGUCGAGAAGCGGUCUUGCUAUAGAACGGACGCCUAUGUUUGAUAACACCUUGUCAACUGAUUUGUAUAUUGUUCGGUUUUGUCCUGAUUGUUUAACAAGUGUCUUGAUCGUCACCCGGCGGAAUCAGUGAAGCGUUAAAAUUCAAUUAUACAAUUUUUGCGGUUAGGGAGGUUGUUCAAGCUGCAGUGCAGGAAUUCUGUAAAUCCCAUCCGUUUGGCAGAUUAGUGAAAGACUCGGUGCGUCGAUAACUGAGUGCUUCGGUUGCAUUGCCUUGCAUUGAUCGAUCGCGGCUUUUGAUCCACUGCCUGGUGGAAGACGGCACAUCGUUGUAGUGUUGCAUUGUUGUUACGGUUUACUAGCGCACCACCGAUUGGAAAGUUUUUAUUUUCUGUUUAAUAUUAAAUAGUUGUGACGAAAUAAGCGGGUACAGAAGGUGCUAGUCGCUGGUUUAUAUUUAUUUUAUACGUGAAGCAAGCCGAAGGAAAAAAAAUCAACAUGUCGACCUCUUGGGGAUACACUGAACUUAAUGGACCACAUGUCUGGCCGGAAAUGUACCCACAGGCCGCCGGCCAGCGCCAGUCACCGAUUGAUAUUGUCACAGACAAGACCCAGCAGUCGAGCGAUCUGAAGCAGAACCCGCUGCGCUGGACGUACAUUCCGGAAAACACACGCAGCCUGGUCAAUCCGGGCUACUGCUGGCGGGUGGACGUUAACGGCAAAGGAUCCCAGCUGACGGGGGGACCGCUGAACGAUGAAAUCUUCAUCCUGGAACAGUUCCACGCUCACUGGGGCUGCUCGGACCGUCGGGGCUCGGAGCACACCGUGGACGGAGAGUCUUUCGCAGGCGAGCUGCACCUGGUUCACUGGAACCAGACCAAGUACAAGAGCUUCGCCGAAGCCGCCGGGCAGCCCGAUGGGCUAGCGGUGUUGGGAGUUUUCCUGAAGGUCGGCAGGCCACACCCGGAGUUGGAUACCAUUGCAAAGCUGUUGCCAUUCAUCACACACAAGGGCGACAAAGUCACCAUCAACAAGCCAAUGGAUCCGGCCAACCUUUUGCCGGCAACGAAGGCCUACUGGACCUACCACGGUUCGUUGACCACUCCACCGUGCUCGGAGUCGGUCACCUGGAUUCUGUUCAAGGAGCCCAUCGAGGUAUCCCACGACCAGCUGGAACUGUUCCGUGAGAUGCGCUGCUACGAUGCCCGCGAAGACUGUCCCUGUGACGAUUCGCUGCACAAGACGUUCGAGUACGGCAAGGUGGUCAACAACUAUCGCCCCCCACUGGAGUUGGGCAACCGCGAGCUGCGCGAAUUCGGAGGACACUGAACCUUAGACAGUUCAGAACCCGAACGCCUAGCAAAACCGACAUCGGACCCCGCUGCGUAGAACCCUGUUACACCUACUUGUAGAGAACCUUAUCAUUGCGCCGAGUGCGAUUGAGUUUUGUCGUUGUUCAACGAUUGAAAAGCAAUAACAUAUUACACCACUUGUGCGUGCACGUUGUCGAGUGUGUCUAUUUUAACACGAUUGUCAAAUGUGAACCGAUCUAAAGGCAAAUCUUCUGUGUGAUUAGUCGAGAUAAGCAAGUUUGAGACGGAUUCACCACAUUUAUGUACGAUUGAAACACUAAAACCCCUAAAAUGCCUUGUUUUAUCGAAGGAGUUGAUUUCCGUAAAUUUUUAGUUAUAACAUAUGACCAAUAGGCGUUUUCCAUGUAGUGGUCAUCGCAUCGUAAUUGCAGCGCACUUAUGGACAGACAGGUUUUAAGUUACGGCCUAUAGCUGGGUAGCAUAGCUUUAACAAGGACCAGGUGCAGUGCAAUCCAGAAGUACCAUUGGAAUUGGUUUUUAUUCAAUACUUGAUUCAUACACGUUGAACUGGUACACACACGAUAUUAUAUUAAUAUUCCAGUGUUACUAUAGUUUAAAAUCAGAGAAAUUCAGUUGGCCAUUUAUCAAUUAUUGUUAUGUAAAAUUGUAAUUAGAUUUAAAAAUAUUUCGUAGUGUAUUGUUUUCGUCAGGACCAUCAUCUUUUAUUACUUUAAAAAACGUGUCAAGUACAACACCGAUAAAAAAUGUUGUAGAAAGUGCCUAAGAUAACAAUGAAAAAUAUAGAAGUGAUUACAGCAGUCAGCAAGUUAACAUAAGAGGAAACAAACCGUGAACAGUAUUUCAGGGAACUGGUAGUCAAUUAAUCGCAUCGCGUUACAAUGACCUCGGCAAACGAUAGGACAGACCAAGCUUAGUAGGACGUCAUUUCUAGCAAUUCCCAAAUAUUGAAUCGUUUUUGUGCCACUUUUCUAGAAAGUGCUGUUCUAUUAGCACCGCAAGGAAGUAAAACACGCUCUAUUAGCAUCAAGAGAAGAAUGUUAGAAACCAUCAUAUUGUGACCAUUUAUUGAAAAAUAUAUAUUUGAACCAACACUUAGUUCUAGCA